UUCUUGUUAAUACCUGGACGACGGUUCCAGAAUCACGCAUCAGUUCGAAGUGAUCGAGCAAAACUAAGGACGAGCUGGUCAUAGGUCGAUACUUGCUAAGUGCACUCGGUAUUACUGUGAACUUCAGAGACGACCAGAUAGAAUGGAACGGGAACGCAGUCUCGGUAAAUACGGGCGUCACGUCAACGCCUCCGCACAAGAAACCAAGAAGAACCUGCCCGUGGAGUUGAAGGAAGUGGAAAUACCAGCUGAGGUGAAGGAGAUAAACGACAAUUCGGUCAAGCCAACAGAGUUGAUUGGUGAUGCGGAGAUUGACAAAUAA